AGCAUGAGCUCCUACUUCGUCAACCCCCUGUUCUCCAAGUACAAAGGCGGCGAGUCCCUGGAGCCGGCCUAUUACGACUGCCGCUUCCCGCAGAGCGUGGGCCGGAGCCAUGCGCUGGUGUACGGGCCCGGCGGCUCGGCGCCCGGCUUCCAGCACGCCUCGCACCACGUCCAAGACUUCUUCCACCACGGCACCUCGGGCAUCUCCAACUCGGGCUACCAGCAGAACCCGUGCUCGCUGAGCUGCCACGGAGACGCCUCCAAAUUCUAUGGCUACGAGGCGCUCCCCAGACAGUCCCUUUAUGGGGCUCAGCAAGAGGCGAGCGUGGUGCAAUAUCCCGACUGUAAAUCCUCCGCCAACACUAACAGUAGCGAAGGACAAGGCCACUUAAAUCAAAACUCGUCUCCCAGCCUCAUGUUUCCAUGGAUGAGACCCCACGCUCCGGGGCGGCGCAGCGGAAGGCAAACUUACAGCCGGUAUCAGACCUUGGAACUAGAAAAGGAGUUUCUCUUUAAUCCUUAUUUGACACGAAAGCGUCGGAUUGAAGUCUCUCAUGCCCUGGGACUGACUGAGAGACAAGUGAAGAUCUGGUUCCAGAACCGAAGGAUGAAGUGGAAAAAGGAGAACAACAAGGAUAAACUGCCCGGAGCCCGAGAUGAGGAGAAGGUGGAGGAAGAAGGAAACGAGGAAGAGGAGAAAGAAGAGGAGGAAAAGGAAGAAAACAAGGACUGAGCAAAAAAGAGACAUCCCCCCCUCCUUCAGCAACUCCCUUGAAGUUUCAUUUUAUGGUAGCAGAUAAAUUGAGAAGUUUACGACUGUCAUUUGCUUUUAUAGAGAAUAGAAUGACACUCACAACUCUAACUACCUGUCAGAUACUUGCAGCUCUGGUUUUAUUACCUUUGGACUUCCCCCCAUCUUUAUUUGUUUGGGGGCUGGAGGGGGGAGACUGAGACACAGCGAAAAGUUCCGAGUCUCUGUCUCAGUCGUUGCCCCAACACACACACUUCUCCCUACCCCCACCCUUCUUAGUCUUGCCUGGAUUUUAAGGUCUGAGACCUGGCCCCCUUUCCCCUUCUCCCGGCCCCUUCUUGCCACGCUGCCACCUCCCUGCUUCUCUGGUAUUUAUUUUAGAGGGGAGCACCCUCAAAAUGCUGAAGAAGACUCGUGGCUUUGUUUUCAUGCUAGGAUUAGUGUCUUAGAUUGACUUUUUUUCCCCAAAGGACAGAAAAAGUGAAGGAAGGAAAGAAAAGAAAGGGAAGAUGUUCAAAGACAUUUUUAAAAUGAUAGCAAGGAAUAUCCCUUCUCCCUCCCUGGGGGGUCCCCACUUAGACCCCCUUGACUUUCUCUACGAACCUGAUGGAAACCUGAAGGAGACGAGGUCUCCCCCUCCCCCCUCCCUUUUCACGGGGUAGAAAGGCGCCUGCCUGCAGUUGCCGCUCAGAUCCUACCUAGCCAUCCCAUGGUCACUCGGGCCCAUGCCUUCCUCCCCUUCAGCUGUCUAAUUCCUGUUGUUGGGCCCAGCUUCCUCUGAGCUGCACUGGUAUAAGCGCUCAGAAAUCGCCAUAAUCAUGAAAAUAAUAAUACUGAUAAUAAUCAUAGUAAAUCUUUAACAUACUACCUAAAGGGAACCUGCAAUAAUCUUGAAAAAAUAAAAAAGAGAAAUUUAAAAAAAAUCCUAAUACAGGAGAAAAAAAGAGAAAAAAUUUAAAAUAAAAAAAAAGAAAGAAACCUCCA